CGCGGCCGCGGGACCCCUUCCGACGCGGCCACGUUGCCCGGUGAGCCGGCCCGCGGCUCCCGGUUCCCGACGCCUCUCCGCUCGGCUCUCCGCCGGGCUCUGGGACCCGCACUGUCCGUGAGGGGCGACCGUGCGGGGACAGGUCUGGCCGCCCGAGAGCUCCGCGCGCGUCUGCGAUCCCGACGCCGGAGGCCCCGCCCCGCUCCGGAGCUGAGAAGCGGAGCGAGCGCGCCGGGCUCCGGCCGAGCUCGGCUCCGGGCUCAUGCCCUGCGGCCCAGCCGGCCCGCGCCAUGGCCUCCGGGAGCGUGGCCGAGUCCCUGCAGCAGGAGACCACCUGCCCCGUGUGUCUUCAGUACUUCGUGGAGCCUAUGAUGCUCGACUGUGGCCACAACAUCUGUUGCGCGUGCCUGGCCCGCUGCUGGGGUGCCGCGGAGACUAACGUGUCGUGUCCGCAGUGCCGAGAGACCUUCCCGCAGCGCCACAUGCGGCCCAACCGGCACCUGGCCAACGUGACCCAGCUGGUGAAGCAGCUGCGCACCGAGCGGCCGUCCGGCCCGGGCGGCGAGAUGGGCGUGUGCGAGAAGCACCGCGAGCCCCUGAAGCUGUACUGCGAGCAGGACCAGAUGCCCAUCUGCGUGGUGUGCGACCGUUCGCGCGAGCACCGCGGCCACAGCGUGCUGCCCCUGGAGGAGGCUGUGGAGGGCUUCAAGGAGCAAAUCCAGAAUCGGCUGGACCACCUAAGAAGAGUGAAAGACUUGAAGAAGAGACGUCGGGCCCAGGGGGAGCAGGCACGAGCUGAGCUCUUGAGCCUGACCCAGAUGGAGAGGGAAAAAAUUGUUUGGGAGUUUGAGCAGCUAUAUCACUCUUUGAAGGAACAUGAGUAUCGCCUGUUGGCUCGACUUGAGGAGCUCGACUUGGCCAUCUAUAACAGCAUCAACGGUGCCAUCACUCAGUUCUCCUGUAACAUCUCCCACCUCAGUGGCCUGAUUGCCCAACUGGAAGAGAAGCAGCAGCAGCCCACGAGGGAGCUCUUGCAGGACAUUGGAGACACACUGAGCAGGGCUGAAAGAAUCAGGAUCCCUGAGCCCUGGAUCACACCCCCAGAUCUACAAGAGAAGAUUCAUAUUUUUGCCCAAAAAUGUCUGUUUUUGACAGAAAGUCUAAAACAGUUCACAGAAAAAAUGCAAUCAGAUAUGGAGAAGAUCCAAGAGUUGAGAGAGGCUCAGUUAUACUCAGUUGAUGUGACCCUGGACCCAGACACAGCCUACCCCAGCCUGAUUCUUUCUGAUAAUCUUCGGCAAGUACGGUACAGUUACCUCCAGCAGGACCUUCCAGACAACCCUGAGCGGUUCAAUCUGUUUCCCUGUGUCUUGGGCUCUCCGUGUUUCAUCGCUGGGAGACAUUACUGGGAGGUAGAGGUGGGAGAUAAAGCCAAGUGGACCAUAGGUGUCUGUGAAGACUCGGUGUGCAGAAAAGGUGGGGUGACCUCAGCCCCCCAGAAUGGAUUCUGGGCAGUGUCAUUAUGGUAUGGGAAAGAAUAUUGGGCUCUUACAUCCCCGAUGACUGCACUCCCCCUGCGGACCCCUCUCCAGAGGGUAGGGAUUUUCUUGGACUAUGAUGCUGGUGAGGUUUCCUUCUACAAUGUGACAGAGAGGUGCCAUACCUUUACUUUCUCUCAUGCUACCUUCUGUGGGCCAGUCCGGCCCUACUUCAGCCUAAGUUACUCGGGAGGGAAGAGCGCAGCUCCUUUGAUCAUCUGUCCUAUGAGUGGGAUUGAUGGCUUUUCUGGCCAUGUUGGGAAUCAUGGUCAGUCCAUGGAGACCUCUCCUUGAGGAAGUGAACUUGUUGUCUUGAUUCCUGUCCAUCAAAGCUGGGUCCUUACCAUUUCCAUGCCCCUACAGUGAGAGACAAGAUGUCCAUCCAUAGUCUCCACUGCACUUUCCCUUCCCUUGCAGAUUGUGAGAUGUAAUGAAAAGUAUUGCUAUUUCCCAGAAAUAAAAACCAGAUUCCUCCUC